AAGCUAAUUCAUGCAUUGGACUUGCGAUGUUGGGGACGUUCAUUAUCCUCUCUAUACUACCAGUGCUUAUUUCAUGUGCUGGAGAUGGAAAUAUUCAUCUGCUAGAGAACGAAAUAGCCGAAGCUUUGCGCUCCUGUUCGGUGCCUGGCGAUGACAGCAAAGAGACGCGACAGCGGCGCUCGGAAGAAUAUGGAUACGACGAGCAAUAUCCUGAUAGGACACCACGUAUUGACAACAAUUCAAAACCAGAAACGAAUCAAUACGGUCACGAAAGACGGAAUACUUCAAUGAAGGAACUGAUACAUGUUCUGAAUGCGACUGACUUCGAUUAUGGGGGCUACGGGGCAGGAUAUGGAGGGGAGAAGUUGGUGAACACGGUGCCGCGCCCGGCGAUCGGUGCGGAUUCUGGGAAUAUGACGUCACUGAACAGGACUAGACGGAGCGAGCCGCUGCUUAACAAACCUGACUCGGAUCAAUGUCUUAGCCAGUGCGUUUUCGCAAAUCUUCAAGUGGUGGACUCCAGAGGUAUCCCACGUGAGAGCGAGCUGUGGACACGCAUCCAGGGUUCUGUGACGUCCCAGCAGUCUCGUGCCGCGCUGCAUGACCAGACCAGAGCGUGCUUCCAGGAGUUGCAGUCAGAAGCUGAAGACAACGGCUGCUCAUACUCCAACAAACUGGAGCGUUGCCUGAUGCUGCGGCUCGCAGACAGAAAAACUGACGCUUCAGCACUAAGUAGUGGACAACACUAAAGAGCUUGAGCUUUGAAAGUUUCUUUAAUCGCCUGAUUAAUAUUAACCUUUUCAUCUUCUUUCGGGCAGUAGAGAGAAAAUAAGAUGAAUUGAGUUAUAGAAAUAACUAUUGAAAAAUCUCCAGGAUAUUCCCAUUUUACCCGAUCCAUAGACGAUGUCUACAACUUAUGGCAAAGUCGAAGGUUUUAAAGAAUUAUAUUAUUAUGUAUUUCAAUGUAGAAAUUUGUUAUUUAUGUUAACAGAAUAGGUGGGUAUACAAUGUUAUCUUAGGUAAGUAUUUGCUGGUAGGUAUUCAGUCUUACAAUUUUUUUUACAUAUCUAUGAUCACAGAGCUUAUUUGAAUGUUGGUGUCACUUUUUUCGACAAAUAACACAUUAUAACUUAUAACAAUGACGGCUGCCUUAAUUACCUAUGUUCGCAGUUUCGCUAUCUAAAGGUUGUCUCGAAGAGAACGCUGUUCAGCGAUAAGUCCUAUUGUUGUUUUCUACUUAGGCUCCAAUUAGUUCUCUGUAGGUAUUUUUUCAUUUUGUAGUGUGCAAUAAAGAUAUUUAAUAUUUAUUAUGACAUAUAUAGGUACUAUUGUAUGUAUGUAUCUUAGAUUUUUGUAAGUCACCAGUAGACAUAGAAGCAAAUCAGAAUAAAUUCUGAACCUCAA